CGGUAAGAGACGGAACGAUUCGUACGUAGCGGCGCAGUUCGUUCGCGAAGUAACUUAUUUGUCAAAUUACAAAUAGUUUCGAUUUUCAUUCGUGGCUUGUCAUUUAAAGUGUGUGAACGUAUUUCAGUUUAAAUCUCAAUUGGAAAAUGCGAGUUUUCUUAAAAGUUUUGACUGUUUUUACAGUCUUGGCUGCUGUAAGUUGUGAAGUAUUUUUCGAAGAAAACUUUACCGACGAUAAAUGGAAAGAUACAUGGGUGUACAGCGAGAAAAGUGGCAAAGAAUUCGGUAAAUUUGUUCGGACCGCUGGAAAGUUCUUCAACGACGAGGAAGCUGACAAUGGUUUACAAACAUCCGAAGAUGCCCGUUUCUAUGCUCUGUCUCACAAAUUCAAACCAUUCAGCAACAAGGAUAAGCCUUUGGUAGUCCAAUUCUCCGUGAAACAUGAACAAAACAUCGAUUGCGGUGGCGGUUACUUGAAAGUAUUCGAUUGUUCGUUGGACCAAAAGGACAUGCACGGCGAAAGUCCAUAUCUUCUUAUGUUCGGACCGGACAUUUGCGGACCCGGCACCAAGAAAGUACAUGUCAUCUUCAGUUACAAGGGCAAAAAUCAUUUGAUCAACAAGGAGAUCCGUUGCAAAGACGACGUAUUCACACAUUUCUACACAUUGGUCGUUCAACCAGACAACACAUACGAAGUGUUGAUCGAUAAUGAAAAGGUUGAAUCCGGUAACUUGGAAGAUGAUUGGGACUUUUUGGCACCAAAGAAAAUCAAGGAUCCAAGUGCAUCGAAACCAGACAACUGGGACGAAAGACCAACCAUUGCCGAUCCAGAUGACAAGAAACCAGAAGAUUGGGACAAGCCAGAACACAUCCCAGAUCCAGAUGCAUCGAAACCAGAAGAUUGGGACGAUGAAAUGGACGGCGAAUGGGAACCACCAAUGAUUGAUAAUCCAGAUUAUAAGGGCGAAUGGGCACCAAAACAAAUCGACAAUCCAGACUACAAAGGUGUAUGGGAACAUCCAGAAAUUGACAAUCCAGAAUAUCAAGCCGAUUCAUCAUUGUAUCUACGCGAAGAAGUGUGUACGGUCGGUUUGGACUUGUGGCAAGUGAAAUCGGGCACCAUUUUCGACAAUUUCUUGAUCACCGAUGAUCUGGCAACAGCCAGCAAAGCUGCAGCUACUGCCAAGGCAACACAAGAGGGUGAAAAGAAAAUGAAAGACGCUCAAGACGAAGAGGAACGUAAGAAGGCCGAAGCCGAAGCAAAGAGCGCCGAAAGUAGCAAAGAUGAUGAUGACGAAGAUGAGGAUGAUGAGGAUGAUAACAAUGUAACACCCGGUGAAGUUGAGGAAACAGAAUCGGAACACGAUGAAUUGUAAAUGUUCAAUUCAUUUAGUUUUCCGAUCUUUUUUGUUUUGUUUUUUUGUCGGCGCCAAUUGACUUUUUCUUUUCCGUUUUUUUUUUUUAAAUUUGAUAAAAUCAUUCAAGCAAACAAAAUGUCUCCGUUAAAAAUGAAGAAAAAUGAAGCGUUGAUCGUUAAAUGAAUUAAAUUCGUUUGAUUUACUUGAUUUCACAUCGCAAAUUCUGUAAAUAAAACUUAAACAAAACUGCUACCACAGAUACAAACGCGGGAUAUAAAGAAAAACAAAAAAUAUUUGUUCUGAAUCAAAAUGGAAUUAAAAAUUCCCAUCUUGGUAAUACACCUAUGAAACACAUUACAAAGACCAAGCACACACAAAACACUAAAAAAUUUCCAAUUCCUUGUGGAUAUGAAAUUUUAUUCUCAAUCGAAAGUACGCGGAAAACAAUUUUCUUUUCGGGAUUUUGUGGUAAAUAUUUUUCCCCUACUGAUCACACGUAACACAAUUUAUUUGUUUUUGGGAUGGUAGCACCAUAUCCACUUGGAUCCGUAACUUCUGCAUUUUUUUUUGGUACGUUCACAAAGUACGUUUACUAUUUUACAAACACAUGAAUGACUAUGUGAGGGCUCUGUGUGAUUUUGUGUAAUUAUUUUCUUUCUUUGUUUCUUUUCGUGUUGAUUUAACUUAGAAGUGAUGUAAUAAUUAUAACUCCGUUUUUGAUGGGGUAGAAUAGAAAGGAUGAGAAGAAGAAACAAACAAAAAAAACGAGAAAAAAAUAGUUGCAAAAGAAAAUGUGUUUUUUAUACUACAACAAAAUAACUUUAACAUCCACUAGGUUUAAUAAAUGAAUUUUUGUAUGACUGAUAAGAUAUAAAUGGGCAAAUAAUUUAGAGUUGUAACUUCUAAUUGGACGGCAUUCGUCUAAGUGAGAGUCAAAUAAAAAUGGUCAAAAAAA